AUGGUAGAAAAUAAUAAUUCUAGUAUUAUGGAAUUGGAAGACUAUCUCAAACCAAGUAUACCGAGCUUUCCGUUCUUUGGAGACAAAACCAACGAUUCAGACAGCGAUGGACAAGAGGAUCAAUAUCGAAGAUUACAAAGCGAUCAUGAUUUACUUUUAUUAAGUAUGAAAAACUUAAAAACAAGAACAGAAUUAAGUGAACGCGAAGUGGACGCGUUAAAAGCGAAAUUACGAUUUAAAGAACAAAUGCAAAAAUUACUUAAUACAAGAUACAAUGCAUCAAAUUGUGGCCCGGAUGAUGUAAGCCCUCCUCGAAAGUCUACAGUGCGACGUGGUGGAGGGAAUAACAACAACAAUAAUAAUAAUAAUAACAAUAUGAAGAAAUUUAAUAAAGCAAAAAAUACCAAAUUGAGGAAAUUACUUUUUGAAGUUCAAAAUCAAAUAAAUUCUUUCGUAGAAAUUCAGGCUCAAAAGCGUCUCGAACAUGAAGCCGAAAUAGAUCCGGAACUGGUUAAUUUGAAAACACCAGAAUCAUAUAAUGCAAAAGUGGCACGUUCUCAGCUUCCAUUUGAAUUAUUAGCAGAAAAUAUUGAAGAGGAAGUUAAAGAUCUUUUAUUAGCCCUCAAAUUUGAAUUAAAGGAUGUUAAUUUCAUGAUUGAAGUUUACAAGAAGAAUGACGAACGACAAAAAUCAGAAAUCGAAUCAUUUAGAAAUCAAAUAAAUGAAGUCAAUUUAAUGAUCGAAAAUUGCAAGAAUAAUGAAGAAUCAUUAAGGAAUCAAUACACGGAAGCUUAUUUCAUGAUUGAAAAUUAUAAGAAAAAGGAUGAACGACAAAAAUUAGAAAUUAAAUCAUUUAGAGAUCAAAUAGAAGAAGUUAAUUUAAUGAUUGAAAAUUACAAGAAAAAGGAUGAAUCAUUUAGAAAUCAAAUUGAAAAUUCUAAUUUAAUGAUUGCUGAAUUUUAUAAAAAGGACGAACAACAAAGACAAGAAAUUGAAUCAUUAAGAGAAAAAUUCGCGGAAGCUACUUUUAUGAUUGAAAUUUAUAAGAAGAAUGAUGAACAACAAAAAUCAGAAAUUGAAUCAUUUAAUAAUCAAAUUGGGGAAAUUAAUUUAAUGAUUGAAAAUUACAAAAAUAAUGAAAAUUCAUUAAGAAAUCAUUUAGAGGAAGCUAAUUUUAAGAUUGAAAGUUACAAGAAAAAGGAUGAACGACAAAAAUUGGAAAUUAAAUCUUUUAGAGAUCAAAUAGAGGAAGCUCUUACAAUAAUUUCAAAUUAUAAAAAAGAGGAAGAAAUAUUUAAAAAUAAAAUGGAGGAAAUCAAUUUUAAGAUUGAAGAUUACAUCAAAAAGGAUGAACAACAAAAAAUAGAAAUUGAAUUAUUAAAAAAUCAAAUAGAAGAUGAUAAAUUAAUGAUUUCAGAUUAUAAAAGAAAGGAAGAAUUAUUUAAAAAUCAAAUGUUGGAAGCUAAUAAAAAGAAUGAACAACAAAAAUCAGCAAUUGAUACCAAUUGA